GUGUUGCACCGACAGACGCGGGGCGGGACUCGAUUCUCACAUCCGCCAAAUUGUUGCAAAACGUCCGACUUACAGCCAGGAGUCAGCGGAUAAAGUCGAACAAAACAGGGGCAAGACGUCUGUCGUCGAACUUGUGACGGAUCUUGAGAUGAUGGCAGAGGAAGCAGCAAUAGUUGAAGAAGACAUCAGUCCAGCUCAGAUCUCUGGUUCUGAGAGUCCUCUGGUUGCAGUCACCUUCCAGAGAAAUGUUCACAGGAAACAGAAGUACCUUGAAGCUGAGCCGAAAGCUCUGGGGAUCACUCAGGUUGGCCUGAGUAUGUAUAUGAUCAUCUGUGUAGCUGUGUUUCAGGCUAAAGGCCUUAGUAGUCUGAGCACUGACAUACCGUUCUUCAUUUCAUCUCUGUUGGUGGUAAUAGCUGGGAAUGUGGCUGUAGCAGCACAGAACCUCCAUGUGCCAACACUAAGGGCCUGUUUGGGGAUGCAGAUUGUGUCAUGCGGCGCCUCCAUCUUCAACAUAAUCUGCAGUCUGAUUAAAAUGGAAGGGAUGCCCUACUAUUGCUGGAGUUAUUACUAUGACAACGACACACUUCAUUAUGGCGAAAUCUGCCAUAAAAUUGAGAAUGUCCAGUCCCAUUUUUUUGCUGGGAGUGUGCUCAUCCAAGCUACUCUGUUGGCCAUAUCUGCCACACUGGCAGCCUACUGCUGCAAGGUGGCCAACUGUUGUGGUCCAGCUCCCAAAAUGCCAGUGAUCACUGUACAAACGCCCCCUGUUCAACAGUGAGGAGACAGACCAGAUGAGUACAGAGAACUGAUGUACAGCUGCAAACAAAUGCUACAAAAGUUAAAGCUGCACGAAUCAAUAUUUUUAUAUUAACAAAUCAAAUUACUAUGUAUUAUAUCAAAGGGGUAAUGAACCAACAGAGAAUUAAUUUCAACUAUGCAGUUACUCUCAUUCCUGUUUAGCUUUUUAGCCCCAGUUAGCUCCCUGUUUUGCUCUGCAAGGCAGCCAUCUUUACUAUUAUCACCCCUUAUUUAGACCUGACAAAGCCACUGUGCGCUAUCUGCUCAGUACCGCAGACAAAGCUAGGAACUAGCUGGUGGAGUAUGUAGGAGCUAAGAAGCCAGAUAGUUGUUUUCAUAUGUUGGUGGAGGCCAAAACACAGCUCCAAAACAAGCUAUUCUCUAAUGUUUGCUAACAUAUUUGCCACAACCUUAUAAGGUGACAGUAUAUUAAUGCUGUGUCUAUAGCUUGAUCUAUUGCUCUCUAGUGGCUAAUCCAAGUGUAAGAAAGCUAUGGGUUAUCUAAAGUUCUAGGACUGGUCAUGGUGCACAGACCACAUCACAGUGAAGAAUGUAACGUCAUUGUCAUGAGUCACAUGGCACGGUGCCAUCAACAGCAAGACCUAUCAUCUAACCUUCAUGUGGAGGACCAUCACUGGUGAUGAGAGGUGGGUCUGCAGCUACCACUGAGAAAAGAAACAGCAGUUGAUACAAUAGUAGAAACACAGUCUCCCACACUGGACAAGGCAGGUCAGGCCAGACGCAAUGGGAGCAUGCUUGUUAUUUUCUUUAACAGUCAUAUGAUUGUGUACUGGAAUUUUUGGCCACAAUGAAAGUAAAGUUGAAGGGUUAUUGUUUUGUCAAAAUGUACGAGAUUGAGCAUACAUUGCAGAUUGUGUUUGAAGCUAGAAGCGCCGUAUCACUAAACAAGAAGACUGCUUAUAUGCUUAUAUGGGGAUGGCAGCCAAAUUUAAAUCUGUUAUGGUUUUAAUUUACCUUUUUACUUUUUGAUCACCCCUUAGCACCUCAGUGUUACCGUCCUCACUAACCAAUCACUUAUAUUGUAUUUGUACUUGUAUGUAAUCACUCUAAUAAUUAACCAUACAGUUUUUAGCAGCUAAAAUUCUGCAGUUGGCGCAAACACCUGAAAUAUGUCCAGAAUGAAAAUGCAUUUACAUAAGUUUUGAUGAUUUGGGGUUUCAAGUGCACGAAAUAACUUAAAAGUAUAAAUGCAUCAGAAGGGAAAAGCCUUACAUUCAGUGAUGUGGCUUCUUAAACUCUGUUAUACAGCAAAAUCUAUCUGAAGUUUGUUAACAUUAACAAACAUUAGCCACCAAAGGCUACUGGUUAUACCAAAUAAAGUGAGGCUGUAGCAGUUGUUUUUGACAAAAUUUGACAUAAAUUUUUCUUGUCAGAGUAAUGCCUUAAAAGUGGCUUAGCCUCACGUUAACACGUCAUUAGAAAUAUCCAUCCAUUAGCUAUUUAUAAGGUGUUGCCAGGAUGCCUUGACACUGAGCGAAAGGCAUUAGAUAUAUCACAGAGUCUAAUUAAUGCAACUAACUCUGUUAAGAUUACAAAUAAAUGUAGUUUUUACUGUGCAACAUGGGUAAAACCCCAAAUUAAGGCACAAUAAUGCUUUUAUGAAAAUAUGUUCAAAUUGUUUUCGAUAUUCUGUUGAUCACAAGCUUAAUGCUUCAUUGUGUCAUUUGUAAAGAACAAGUACAAAUAUAAAACAUCAACAGACA